AUGCUCCAGGCUGUGUCCCUCCCGCUGGCACUGAGCUCGGCCCAGCUCCUCCCCGAAAGCGUCCAGCUUCCACUUGUCAGAGAAUGUGGCCCAUCGUCAGCCCGCGUGGUCUGCGUCGAACGAUAUGCCUCCGUCAUGCCUUAUCACUUCUCUCGCGAGCCGAUCAUCAACGACACCGAAGUUCAAUUCGGGAACACUUCCGUGCCAAACGAUCCGUCUUUUGACUUAGUCUCCUCGGCGAACUUCGUUGUCUUUGACGAAGAACGAGCCUUGGACAUCCUCGGCAACAACCCGACCUACGAAGUCGUGCUCAACGUUUCAAAUACUCCGCACGAAGCGCCCGUGUAUGUUCCAAGCCUGAAUAAGAUCUUCCUCAACGAUCUUGCUGCUACACUCAGUCAGCUCGUUAUCGAUCUGAACAGCGAGCCACCCACGAUCAGUGAUUUUACCAGCGAUCCCCCUGUGCUGAUUCCCAACGGCGGUACCUUCCACAACGGCCUCAUCUACUGGGCUACAGCAGCUGGGAACACCACCGCCCCCGGCGGCGAGCAGAGACCCGGCAUCGUCACCCUCGAUCCACAUACCAACAAGUCGACAGUUCUGCUCAACAACUUCUUCGGCUACUACUUCAACAGCCUCGACGAUCUGACAGUGGACAGCAACGGAGUCGUCUGGUUCACCGACACGGAGUAUGGCUACCUGUUCCACGCCUCGGACACAGCGCCUGUCCUCAAACCUUCGACGUAUCGUUUCGAUCCGAAGACCGGCAAUGUGCGGGUGGUCGAAGACACUCUGACCGUACCGAAUGGAAUCGCACUCAGCUCGGAUGGCAAGUAUGCCUAUAUCGGCGAUACUGGAGCGCACACCCUUGAGAAUCCGGCGGUCAAUCAGAAAGGUCCACGGACGGUGUACAAGUUCGAUGUCGUCGACGACGGAACGAAUCUCUGCUGCAGGAGACCGUUCUACUUCUCGCAGGACUGGCUACCUGAUGGGUUGAGAGAAGCUCGGAAUGGAAUGGUCGUGAUUGCCGCGGGGAGUGGUGUCGAUGUGGUUGAUUCGUAUGGACAGCUCGUGUUAAGGAUUCAGACGGACUUUAUGGUUCAGAACUUUGUUUGGGCUGGGAACGAGUUAAAGGAUCUUUGGCUUACUGGAAAUGGAAAGAUAGCGAGAGUGAAGUGGGAGCUGCAAGGGCCUGUAUUGACGUGA